AUGGUCGAAUGGAAUCUGGAACACGUUUCGUCUGCUGCUGUGGCAGACAUCAUCAGUAGUAUGACUCCAGCCUUGAAAGCCUUCAUACUUUUAUUCAAAGCCCUAUCCAAUACGCGAUACAACAGUACUUUGAUACUUCACACAGGUCGUGACUCGAAGAUAAAUCCUGAAAUAUUCCGAACUCUAUCAUGUAGUGAAUUCUAUGGUACACGGUUCAAAUCUUUAGCACCAGCAGUCAAUGACAUUUGCUCAUUAGAAAAUACGGAUGAAGUGCACAUUGUAAUAAUUCCUCCCAAUGAUGAUCCACAAACGGAUGACGAGGAAAUAGAUGAUGAUAACAUUCAAGGGGUGCAAACACGGCUUCCGAGAGAUGUUGCAAGUGAGGUUGAACUUCACUAUUUAGGUGAUGAUCAAGAGGAAUUAGAGUUUGACGAUGAAGGCUGGAAUAUUCCAUUGUCACAUGUUCGUCAGAAGAUAUUGGAUGACAAAACACAGGCUGAAAGUUUCAAUGUUUCAGAACCAGAAUGGACGAAUGAUGUAAUUGAUAUUGGAAUUUUGGAGACCACAGGAUAUAUAGAUCAUAUAGAAGUUGUUAAAUCUGAACUAUCGAAUAUGACUCCAGAUGAAGUAUUUGAAAGAUUAUGGGACAAAAGUGUAUGGAACCUUCUGGUUCGAGAAACGAAUACGUAUUCAACCCAGAAAAAUGACCAUGAAUUUUUUGUGUCAGAAACGGAUAUGAAAAUUUUCAUUGGAAUCUUGUUACUGUCAGGAUAUCAUCGGCUGCCCCACGAACGUUUAUACUGGUGUGUUGAUGAUGAUGUCAGAGUGUCAUUUGUUGCCAAUGUGAUUUCCAGAAAUAGAUUCCAAGAGAUAAAAAAAUAUAUCCAUUUGUCGAACAAUAAUAACCUCGACAAAAACGAUCUUUGAUGAACCUUCCAAAUCAAAAUUUUCAGCAGUGGGGAAUAUUCCAUAAGGACCUCUCAAUCGGCGAGUCAAUUGUGAAAUACUUUGGCCAUCAUUGGUGUGCUGUUACGUGUUCAGAAGUUUUUUGACCCUGCUCAACUCACUUCUUACUAUA